CAUUUUGUCCCCCCAUCCUACAGCCUUCCCAGCUAUAUAAACCACAGCCCUGGGACACAUAGCAACACAGGGGCACAGGCAAGCAUGGCCAGCAGAAAGACCAAAAAGAAGGAGGGAGGCGCCAAGCGAGCCCAGAGAGCUUCGUCCAAUGUGUUCUCCAGCUUUGAGCAAACUCAGAUCCAGGAAUUCAAAGAAGCUUUCACAUUGAUUGACCAGAACAGAGAUGGUUUCAUUGACAAGGAGGAUUUGAAAGAUACUUAUGCCUCCCUGGGCAAACUCAACGUAAAAGAUGACGAGCUGGAAUCGAUGUUGCAAGAAGCUACGGGACCGAUCAACUUUACCAUGUUUUUAAAUCUAUUUGGAGCGAAGCUACAUGGUUCCGAUCCAGAAGAAGUGCUGAUAAACGCAUUCAAAAUGUUUGACCCCGAAGCCAAAGGAAACAUCAACAAAGAAGAGUUAAAACGCUCGCUAAUGACACAAGCCGACAGGUUUACUGCAGAAGAGGUUGACCAGAUGUACCAAUCCUCCCCGAUAGAUUCAGCUGGUAAUCUGGACUACAAAUCUCUCUGCUACAUCAUCACACACGGUGAAGAAAAGGAAGAGUAAACAAAGUCACCUCCACUUCCUCGACCCCUGGCAUUGCUAUAUUGUUUCCACCACCAGCUUGCAUCAACAGUGAAUAAACCAAAAUGUGAACAGUGAAUAAGC